AUGGCUACUAUAAUGGCACACGGCUUUGUCCAAAUGUGGAGCAGGAAGAUGGGGAUGUCUAGGCUCAAAGAAGCAUACAUUGGAUCAGUGGAAAGAAAGAAGAUUAGACUGCUGGUCUGUUUCAGCAGUGGAGAAUAUACAACUUUUCAACUAAGCAAUAUUAAAAAUGUGGUAUUUAGAUCCUCUAGAGAAAACCAAAAUCGCGUGCAUUUAAAUUUCCAAAAUAAUAGCUUCUUGUUUAUUGAAGGAUUAUCUUCCAGAGAUGCUGAAGAGUUGAAGAUGUUCCUGGAUAGAUUCCGUCAAAAUAACACUCAACCAUCCAUGAAACAUGUUAAGGAUGGAGGGAUCUCUGCCAGCACAGCAACACAGAAUGAAAGCAACAAAAGUGCAUUUCACGAAACGUGUAAUAAGUCAAGUAGUGGAUCUUUUGAGACAGGAGAAGGAAGUGGAACACCUGACCUUCAGCAAAUGCCUUUGUGUGCAUCACAGUCAUCAACACUUACUUGCUAUGAUUUACCAGGAAAUGGACAUGGGAAGAAGAAAAAAAUGUUAUCAUCUGGUUCAGAGAUGGAUGGGAAAUUCCCGAAAGAGGCUAGCUGUGUAAGAGAUAAGAAGUCCAAGACAAAUCCCUUGGGGUAUGUAAGCCACUAUAAGAAGAAAAAAUUCAGGUUAAAAUUGUUAAAAAGUAAGAAAUUAAAAUUUGAACAGUUAUUCAAGACCAGUUCUACCGGAAACCCUUACCUGAAUAGCUCUAGUCUUCUCCAGAUGCUUUUUGAGAAAAUAUAUUUGGCAUUUUUGUUGGAAGCAAAGUAUAAUGCCGAUAAGUCAGAGUGGGACAGACUCAAGAUGACCCUUGAGUUCUACCCAGAGAAACUAUUGCAAGGCCUCCCCAAUUUGGGAAACACCUGUUACAUGAACACAGUUUUACAGACCUUAUUUUCAAUUCCCUCAUUUACUGAUGAUUUAUUCAGUAAGGAUUUCCCAUGGGGUAAAAUUCCCUUUGAUGCUCUUAGCAUAUGUUUAGCACAGCUGUUUGUUUUGAAAGAUAUUUAUAACAUAAAAAUCAAGGAGAGGUUACUUAUGAACAUUAAAAACACCAUAUCAUCAGUUGCAGAGAUUUUCUCUGGCAACGUACAAAAUGAUGCUCAUGAGUUUUUAGGUCACUGUUUAGAUCAGAUGAAAGAGAAUAUGGGGAAAUUAAACACCAUAUGGAAGGCUAAAAUUGAAUCUGAAGAGGGGAAUCCGGCUCAACAGAUCUUUGCUGGAAGUGCUGCCACCCGAGCGCUCGUUUGCCCUGUCAUCAGUAAUUUUGAGUUUGAGUUGCUGCGCUCUAUUACUUGUCAAGGCUGUGGUCAUGUUGUUCUCAAGACCGAAGUGAAUAAUUAUCUCUCCAUCAACCUUCCACAAGGAAUGAAAUCACUUCCUUUGUCUAUUCAGUCUGCUUUUGAUCUCUUCUUCAGAACCGAAGACCUUGAGUAUACCUGUGAGAAAUGUAAGCAUAAGAGUUCUAUUGGAAAGCACAAAUUUAGUAGGUUGCCCAGGGUCCUUAUUGUUCAUCUGAAACGUUAUAUCUUUAAUGAGUUUUGGUCACUAAGGAAGGAUGACCGGGAAGUCACUAUUUCCACGUGUUUAGAGGUAUCGUCUCAUUGCACUGAAAGUACCAAACCGCCUUUUCCCAUGAGCAAGAAUGUGUUUACUAGGGAUUUCCAAAUCCUAAAAGUCUUUCAAAGCCUGAAUUUUGAAAACCACUUUCUAUCAACGUAUUCAGGAAAGCUGACCUUGGCAUCCAAUGAUUCCCUGAUUCCACACAUUGGGCCAGACAAAGAGUCUGAACCACAGAAAAGCCAGAAUCUCUGUGAAGGGUCAGAGGGAGAACAGAAAGAAGACCUGGGGAAACGUCCUAAACUGAAUGUAACAAAGUCUGAAUUGGUAAACUUAGGAAAGGGAGCAGUCCCUAAAAAAGAGCUAUUAGCUGCUGGCUUAAUGACGGAUCUUGAAGCAACGCCCCGUUCUCAGAUCCAGGAAGAUGAAGGUAAACCCACCAGUGGUCCAGACAAGUGUCUUGCAGAAGGUUAUCUUCGAGACAUAUUUAAAAAUCUAAAACGAAAGAAAUCGGAGACAACUAAGAAGCUUAGCAAUUUCAAGAGUGGCACUAAGACUGCUGAAGGUGUUUAUAGAUGUGAAAAAAAAAGAAUUCCAAAAGAAUUCCAAAAACUGAGUAAUCAGACCCAGCAGGAUGACUGGAUGAAAAUCUAUGAAGAAGCCCUUCAGCAGGCACUGCUCCGAACCUUCUUGAAGCCACGUGCCCAGUGGAACGGAAGAAAACUCAGAAGACCUGCAGAAUUAAAUCCCCAGGAGGCCAAUGAGAAUUCCCAAGGGGCACCAGAUUCUAAUAAACACUCUGGAAACAAAGAAUUUUUAGAUAAGGAGAAGUCAGAAACUGAAGCCACAAAACCAAAAAGCAGUGCUAAGAUGAGCAAUCUCUAUCCCUAUCGGCUCAUUGCUGUUGUCAGCCAUCUUGGGAAGACCCCAAAUUCAGGCCAUUAUAUCAGCGAUGCCUAUGACUUUGAGAGGCAAACGUGGUUCACUUACAAUGAUCUACAGGUAUUGAGUAUCGAAGAGCCUCUCCUGCAGGAGGCUAGGCUUUGCUCCGGGUACAUCUUCCUUUACAUGCACAAUGAUAUUUUUGAAGAGCUGUUGAAAAGGGAAGAGAACUUACAGUCUUGUAACACAGAGGCAGGGGAGACCCCUCAGGAGAAAUAAGUGGAACAGACUCCUGGUUGCACCCAUCUGCUUGACUGCCCAUUGGUAACCACUUCCUCUAUGGAAGGAAAACUCCACUCUAGCCGAAGAUGAAUAGGCACAUGGCAUCCAGGAUCAGAGUUCCAGGAUCAGAGUUCAAGCAGAAACACUUGGAAAAUUUCUAUUCUAACCCUAAUACAGACAUUUCAAUCUCACAGUUCCAGCUGUGAGAGAUAAGUAGUCUUUUCUAUUAAACUAGAAUUGUGUUCUUCAUACUCUAGUGCAGUGAAUUGUAAGUGCAGCCCUUAAACCAGCAGCAUCAGGAUCAUCGAGAAACUUCUGAGAAAUGCAAAUUCUUGAGUCCCAUCACAUAACUGCUAAUUCAGAAACUCUAGUGGGGAGGUGUUGGGGUGGCUGAGGAUAAGGAACAGCAAUUUGAUGGAGAUUCCAUCAGAUGCUUGAGAAAUUUAGAGAACCACUGUAGUGUGUUAGAGUAUCUUGGUAGAUUUUGCUGUUGUUUAUUUAGUUA